AUGCCAAGACUGGCAACCUUGCAGACUCAUAUUGUUUUUCUCUUAUUGACUGUAUGCUGGGAAAGUGGUGGCAUCGGUAUUGCCACUGCUCCUGACUUUUGGAAAGUCUUCCAUCGCGGGAACGUUAUAAUCCAUUCGACUGAGAUCGAGAGCGUCUCCCACCAAGAUGUUGUAAACCUAAAGAACGGAUACGCUGUAGCGACUGACAUUGUGAUCCACUGUACCGGAUUCGAUGAGGGGUACAGAACAUUCGAUUCCGAGCUUCAAGAGGAACUCGGCCUACAAUACGACACAAAGACGUUCUCCCAGUGGACGAUGCUCGAUGAGAAGGCCAAGAAGACGGUCGAUGAGCUCCUUCCGUAUCUCUGGACUGCCCCUGAGCAGUAUGGCGACGUCGACGCGAGCAGAGGAGCGGAGAAAGGCCCCAACCGACACUCCCGCCGCCUUGUCAUUCCCAAGCUGGCGGCACGAUGCGACCGAUCAAUUCUGUUCCCCGGCCACAUCCACUCAGCGUUCACGCCACUCGCGGCGGAACUUCAGGCGCUUUGGGGCGUUUCGUGUAUGCCCGAUGGCGCGACCUUCCGUCCAGAGAGGAGAUGGAGUUUGAAGCGUCGACAUUCAACGCGUGGACCAGAAAGAGGUACCUCGAGCAAGGCAAGAAACACUCGUACUUCAUAUCCGACUACAUACCGGUGGUACUUUAACACGCUCAUGAAGGACCUGGGUAUCAGCCCCUUCCGCAAGGGCAAUGUUUUUGAAGAGUGGUGUGUCAGGUGCAAACCGAGCGGCUACCGUACCAUUCUCGACGAAUAUCGUAGCAUCCGACGCCAUCGAUUGGAAGUGGGGUCCUUGGACGGUCAUGCGAAGGGAUCACGCCACGAUACUACGGAAACCAAUGGACAUUCCGUCAAGCCAAACUGAGAGUUACUGGGCUCAAGCUUGGAGCAGGUCGAGGGCAUUGAAGAUAUUAAGAUAACGGGCUUCACGUUGCAAUAUGCCUUAGCAGAAUCUCAGGUACUAUAAGACCAACAAGUACCGGCUUUACAUGCCUUGUCGUUGUUUGCUACAUAUUCCCAUGCCUACGCGCUUGCUGCAGGCGAUGAUUAGGUAUGGUUCUGAAUUGGCAACCGAAAUAAGUCAGCCGAAUGUCCAGAGGAGACGUCUCUUUGUGCUGAAGGUGUAAUUAGUCCUAUGUAGUGGGGCAGACCUGUCAGAGAAUGAGAAAAGAUACAAAGCACUCU